UCUGCCACUCAGCCCCUUUCGUGUCCCUCAAAGCUAAGGUGCUUCUUCCCUUUGUGUAAUCUCCAUGAUCCUUCAUGAAAAUGCUGAAUCCGCAGAAACUCCAGCAGGAAUGCCGGCUCGUUGGCUCAACCAACCGGUGGCGUUUCCCCAGAGAGCCUUUUUUGGGGGACCUGCUGGCGCUUUCCCAGAUGUGCAAGGCUGUCAAUGUAGACUUUGAUGAAGUUCUGAAGAACCCAGACAGGUUAUGCAUUUCACAAAUUCAGAAAAAGUUCCCUGAGAAUUUGAAGAACAAGGCCAUCCAAAGCGGGGAGGCAGCUGUGAUUCUCAAAUGUCUUGGCUUCAGAUGGGAACUGCAUCAGACCCGGCUUUUUCAGUCCGAGACCUUGGCCAAGUUUUACAUGACUGCCCUGGCCCGGGGCAACGCAAACCCUGAGAAGCUUCUGCAAGCUCAGCUGCCCGGGAAGAUUAAAGAACAACGCCCUGUAAAGAAGACGAUCGUUUCCUUGAAGAUCAGUGACCCUCUGGUCACCGAAGCUGCCCUCGCCGUGGCCCUGAAGAGUCUCUACCUGCGCGAGGUAAAGGUGAGCGUGGACGACGUGCUGGGCGUGCUGGCUGUAGCCCACAUUCUUCAGUUCCGCAGCCUGUUCCAAAGGUGUGUGACCACGAUGAUGAACGGACUCACGCCGGGCACCAUCAAGAACUUCUACCUGGCCGGCUGCAAGUACAAAGGAGAGCCGCUCACCACUGCCUGCGAGAAGUGGAUGGAGAUGAACUUGGUCCCUCUGGUGGGGACACAGAUCCACCUCCGGGAACUCCCGCAGGAGCUGCUGCACAAAGUGCUGAGGUCCCCCAGGUUGUUUACUUUUAGAGAGUUUCACCUUCUGAAAACACUUCUUUUGUGGGUCUACUUGCAACUAAAUGACAAAACUCAGACAAUUCCGAUGUACGCAACUGUGCUCUCAUUUUUUAGCAGCUUCCCCAAGAAGUGUUGCUUUCUGGAUCGGGAUGUGGGACAGAACUGGAUGCCACUCUUCCUUUGCCUGCGUCUGCACGGCAUCACCAAAGGCAAGGAUCUGGAGGAGCUAAGGCACAUUAACUUCUUCCCUGAAUCCUGGCUCGUCCGGGUUAUAGCCGACCAUUACCUCGCGCUGGAGAAUGGGGGCGACAUGGCCCACGUGAAGGAUCUUACCAACCAGGGGGUGAGAUUCGGGCUGCUCUUCAAGCAGGAGUAUACUACACAUUCAGAAGUGAUUGCCAUAUAUGGAUUCUUCUUUGAGAUAAAGGGAAUCAAACAUGAUACUACUUCCUGUAGUUUUCAUAUGCAGAGAAUAAGCCACACCGACUUGGAAUUCUCCUCCUCCAUCUAUGAGCACAGCCCCAUCAGCCUGAGAGCAGAGUGCUCGGUGACGUACGAGAUCAGAGCCCAGACCCUGGUGGACGGCAAGUGGCAAGAGUUCACGACAAACCAGAUCAAGCAGAAGUUUGGGUUGGUUAAGUCGUCCUGCAAAAGCCACGCCUUGAAAAUACAAACUGUGGGCAUCCCAAUCUAUGCAAGUUUUUCCUUCGUCUUCUCAUUAUCUUAACAGUUUUCAGAAGAAUCUAUGGGAUUUUUUUUCUUCCACUGGUCCAUGUAAAAGGAAAUAAAACAACAUGAAAAGGACUGCUCAAGUAUUCAGCUGACUCUCCAAGUUAGUAAUGGUCUCAGAACUUUGGCCCACUGUCUUGGUCUGUUGGGCUGCUAUAACAAAACACCACAGAUUGGGGGCUUAUAAAGAACAGAAAUUUGUUACUCACAGUUCUGGAGGCUGGAAGUCCAAGAUCAAGAUGCCAGCAGAUUCCACAUGGUGUCUGAUGAGAACCUGCUUUCUGGUUCAUAGACGGCUUCUUCUCGCUGUGUCCUCACAUGGUGGAGGGGGCAGGGAGCUCUCAGGGGCCUCUUUUAAUAAGGGUACUAAUCCAUUUUACGAAGGCCCUGCCUUUCCCUCAUGACCUAAUCACCUCCCAAAGGCCCCACCUCCUAAUGACAUUACCUUUAGGGGUUAGAAUUCAACAUAUGAAGUCUGAGGAGACACAUUCAGACCAUAGCACUCCCAUUUAUAUCGUUUGAGGAUGGAAAGGAUCAGAGCCAUGAGUCCAUUGCCAUCAUUGACCCCAAAGCUCCCUGAGUCCAGCCCUAACUUGAUGCACUCUCAGAAGCACUCCUAUGGGAGCAUCAGCAGUAACAACAUACUCCAGCUGGAAGCCCCAAGU